CUUGAUCACAUAUUGUCCCCCCCACCUAUGCCUUUUCGAAAAUCCAGCAGUCCUGAAGUCUCUUCUGGCCCUGGGAAGUGUUCUAAAUUUAAGAGGCAGCUGAGUGAAGAUGGAAGACAGUUCAGAAGAGGAAGCCUCGGAGGAGCUCUGACUGGCAAGUAUCUGCUUCCCAAUGCAACUGGACAGCAGCUGUGGCAACCUGCAGAAACCUCUAAUCUUGUUCGCAUGCGCUACCAAGCACUUGGGCAGUCAGCACCUUCACUUACUGCUCAUUUG